AUGUCUGAAGCUGAGUCAACGCCGGUCGAAAGACGGGGCCUUGGCUUUCACCUUAAACACAACAAGAGACUUCUGCUGACAGUUCUGGCAUUAGCCUCACCUGUUUUCACAUAUGGCUACGACGGCAUCAUUAUAGGGGGCACGCUUGCCGCACCUGCCUUCGUCAAGCAGUUCAGCCACGGCAAAAGAUUAACAUCCACUGAUGUUAGCAUCAUCGUCGCCGUUCCCAACGGAGGCUCUGUCAUCGGCUCUUUGAUUGUCGCCUACGGUGGCGACUUGCUAGGCCGCAGGAAGACGCUUCUUGUCGGAUGUUUGAUAAACUUGAUCGGCGCAGCAAUGCAGACAGCAUCUUCGGAUCUAGGCCUUCUGACAGCUGGGCGCGUGUUUUCUAACGCGGCAGCUUACGUUUUCCUCGGAAUGACGGUUACUUUCCUGAACGAGGUUGCCCCUGCGUCCUUGCGCGGCAUUAUCGGUGGCCUGACCAUCUUCUCAAUUAAUGUCGGUGUCGUGCUCGGUUCGGGCAUUUCGCUGGCCACCUGGGAUAUUCCAAAUAGCGGCGCCUGGCGCCUUCCGCUCGGCUUGCAGCUCAUUUGGCCACUCCUCAUAGCCAUCUUUGUGUUCUUUGUGAGGGAAUCUCCUACCUCGUACAUCAUCAAAGGCGAUGAUGAGCAAGCUCUGGUCAGCUUGCGUAAGAUCCGCAAAGGUUACAGUGAAGAGGAAUUGGAGGAGGAGAUGACGAGCCUCAAGUUACAGGACAGUAUCCGACAAGCCGAGAAAGAGGUUGGAUGGAUAGAGCUCUUCAGAGGGGUUAACCUUCGGCGCACCCUGCUGUCCGCCUUCAUGGCCAACGUUACGACGCUAUCCGGUGUCAUCUAUGCUAGCAACUAUGCAACUAUUUUUCUACGCCAGAUUGGGAGUACAAACCCCUUCGUUCUUGUCCUCGGCUUGGGACUGUUGGCAUUUGGUGGCAGCGGUGCCGGCCUGGCCUUGAUACACUUGCUCGAUCGUCGAAGGCUCGCACUAUCAGUCUUCUCGGCCAUCUUUGUCAUCGACCUCGUCAUUGGAGUGAUGGGGUGUCUGGACACCACCGCAACCUAUAAAAUCAAGACCAUUGCAGCAUUUUCCCUCAUGUAUGGCUUUUUCUACGCAGCAGGAUUUGGGCCGCUGGUGUACACAUCUACGGCUGAGAUCCCCAACGCUCGAUUGCGGAACAAGACGGCCGCAUUCACUUUCAUCACUAACGUUGCUAACUCGACUGUGUGCCUCUUUGUUUUCCCCUAUAUCACUUCUGAUCCAGGCAAUCUUGGUGCCAAAGUGUAUCUGCUGUUUGCUGGCUGCAUGUUUUUGGUCAUCGCCAUAACUUGGCUCUUUUUCCCCGAGGUCAAAGGUCGCACGCCGGCUGAAGUGGACGAAAUGUUCAAUAUGAAACUGCCAGCCAGGAAAUUCAAAGGUACGUGGAUCGGUCUCCCGCUGUCUGGGUCACGUAGUUUCCAUUCGCUUGCGGGAUCAUAUGGAAGAGUAUUAAUGCCUGUGUUAGGCUAUACCUGUGCGGUAGCACCUAAGAGUAUCCACCAGCAGCUCAAGGAUGAACGACACAUUGAGCAAGUGGAGGUUUCCAAAACUGGUGAUUAA